GGAGGAGCGGCCGGAAGUAGCCCUCAUCCCAUCCCCGACUGACCGGCUGACAGGCUCCCUGACAGGAGCGGGAGCUGCGGAGAAGAGUCGGCGGCCAUGGAGUUGGGCGAGCUGCUUUACAACAAGUCCGAGUACAUCGAGACGGCAUCUGGAAACAAAGUUAGUCGCCAGUCGGUGUUGUGCGGAAGUCAGAACAUUGUUCUCAAUGGCAAGACCAUCGUGAUGAAUGACUGUAUUAUCCGAGGGGAUCUCGCAAAUGUAAGGGUUGGACGCCAUUGUGUUGUGAAAAGUCGGAGUGUCAUAAGGCCACCAUUCAAGAAAUUCAGCAAAGGUGUUGCAUUCUUUCCUUUACAUAUCGGGGACCAUGUUUUUAUUGAGGAAGAUUGUGUGGUCAACGCAGCUCAGAUUGGCUCUUAUGUUCACGUUGGCAAGAACUGUGUGAUUGGGCGCCGGUGUGUGUUGAAAGACUGCUGCAAAAUUCUUGAUAACACAGUAUUACCCCCAGAAACUGUGGUGCCACCAUUCACUGUCUUCUCAGGCUGCCCAGGACUGUUUUCAGGGGAGCUCCCAGAAUGUACCCAGGAGCUGAUGAUUGACGUCACCAAGAGCUACUACCAGAAGUUUUUGCCCUUGACACAGGUCUAAUGUCUCUGCCUCGUGUCUUGAAUUCGUUUGAGCUCUAAGAUGAACUUGGGGACAAAGUGAGCCAGCCAGCAUCUACAAAGAGCUCUUGUGUCUUUGAUACCUUCUGCUCUCUUUUUCUUUGUCUGGUUUUAAUUCUUUAGAAUUUCCCAAUCCUUCCAGAUUCUAAGCUCUUAAGACUUUGACAACAGAAUGUCUGGAGGAAUUGUGUCCAAAUGCUGUGCUUAAUGGUCUUAUCUAUUAACGGUCACUUAUAACAUUAUCUGUGGAACACAGAAUCAUCUGUUCCCAGCACUCCCACCCCUUGGUGCUGUGGGUGAUGGGAUCCUGCUGAAACAGGCCUGCAGAGCAGGGCGUGUCCCAGGUGGAGGUGGUGAAGCUGGCAUGCUACUCAUGGCCAUUAGCUGCCCACACAGUGAGCACCUCCCACAUGGGUCACUCUCAGCUUCAAUGAGAGCAACAUUUGGCCAGUUGCUACAAUUGCUAAUGGCAAUUGGGGGGGGGGAAGUGUUUGUGAGUUUUCAGAGCCCAGAUUCUUUUUGGCUACUAAAACUUGAAGGUAGGAGUGGUUAGCAUUUCUCCUCUUCCCAAAAUGAUCUUAAAUGUCAUUUUAACCCAGGGUGAUUAAUAAAAGGCUAUCUAGCAUUCUGUUCUAGGGC